AUGGUCCCAAAAGAUGAAUACCUGUACACAGGGAUUGUCAGGUUGCUCCUGCAUUUCAAAUGGACCUGGAUUGGUCUCUUUGCUCCAAACAAUGACAAUGGAGAAAGGUUCAUGAGUUCUUUGUCACCUAUACUCACCUCAAAUGGCAUUUGUGUGGCCAUCUCACAAAGAAUCCCAGAACUGAUUGUGUCUAGAGUGCUAGUUUCCUCUGAUUCACUUCUCACAUGGACACAAGUCAACGUAUUUGUUUACUAUUCAGAGACUCGCUCUUUCUAUGGUGGGAUAUUCCUUAUAAAUCAGAUACUUACAUGGCUGAUAAAGCCCACUGAGGGGAAAGUCUGGAUUACAACAGCUUUGUGGGACAUCACCUCAACAUUGUCUGACAGAAGAUUACAUUUCCAGCACAGCCAUUCAUUCUUUUCCUUCUUAAUCCAGACAAAGGAUUCUCUAAAACGUGACAACUUUGAUGUGAGUCACAUUGUUCCUUACUGGAGGAAAGCAUUUCAUUGUUUCUAUUCAAAGCACUUGUUGUCCGUGAAACAACAGUACAGAUGUGAACAGAGAGGGGAUUUGCCCCUGGAUAUGAUUGCACAAAGUUUGUCCCAAGACAACUACUUCAUAUACAGCAGUGUCCAAGCUGUAGCACAUGCCUUAAAUGCUGCUUAUUCCUCCAGAUCCAGGAGGAUGUCUAUGAUGGGUGGAGGAGACAGGCUGGGACUUCAGAGGCUGCAGCCAUGGCAGAAUUUGCCUCAUUCAAGGUGCACCAGAAGCUGCCCCCCUGGGUACGUCAAGGUGAUUCAAGAAGGAGAGCCUGUUUGCUGCUACGCUUGUGGUCCAUGUCCCAAAGGGACCAUCUCCAUUCAGGAAGAUGCAGACCAUUGUACCAGAUGUCCAGGAGAUCAGCAUUCAAACAAGGACCGUGAUCAAUGUGUCCCCAAAAUUAUCACCUUCCUGGUUUAUGAAGAACCUUUGGGGGUCCUCCUUGCUUCCUUUGCUCUCAUUUUGUCUUUAACCACAGUCUUACUGUUAGGAAUCUUCAUUAAAUUCCUGGAAACUCCAAUAGUCAAAGCCAACAACCGAGACCUCUCCUUCAUCCUCCUCGUCUCCCUCCUGCUCUCCUUUUUGUCCUCCUUCCUCUUCAUUGGCCAGCCAAGGAAAGCCUCCUGCCUUCUCAGACAAAUGGCCUUCAGCACCAUCUUCUCAGUUGCCAUUUCUUCUGUGCUGGCAAAAACCAUCACUGUGGUGCUGGCCUUCCUGGCCACAAAGCCAGGGAACAGGGUGAGGAGAUGGCUGGGGAAAGGUUUGGCAAACACCGUUGUUAUUUCUGGUUCCAGUGUUCAAGUUGUCAUCUGUACCAUCUGGCUGGGGAACUCUCCCCCAUUCCCAGACUCUGAUAUGCACUCCCAGCCUGGAGAGAUCAUCCUGCAAUGCAACGAAGGAUCUGUUGCCAUGUUUUAUGGUUCCCUCGGUUACAUGGGCUUCCUGGCUGCCAUCUGCUUCACGGUGGCUUUCCUAGCCAGGAAGCUGCCCGGGGCCUUCAAUGAAGCCAAGGUGAUCACUUUCAGCAUGCUGGUCUUCUGCAGUGUUUGGGUCUCCUUUGUGCCCACCUACCUGAGCACCAAGGGGAAAUACAUGGUAGCCGUGCAGGUCUUCUCUAUCUUGGCCUCCAGUGCUGGGCUACUGGGCUGUAUUUUCAUCACCAAGUGCUACAUUAUUAUUUUGAGACCUGAUCUGAAUACAAAGGAGCUUCUAACAACAAAAACAAAAGAUGGCUUCUGA